AUGCUCCGCGGGAUGCCGUAUGAGUACUCAACGAACCUGUGGGAGCACACUCACAAGGGCAUUGUGAAGGUCCCCGUGCGCGGGAGUAACUGGAAGGACAUACCCCGACGCAUCGUGGAGGAGGAGGUGCAGAGGGAGAUCACACGAGAGGUGGCGGCCCUGGCAGGGGGAGGACGGCAGUACGUCAGUGCGCUGCGUGAGGCGGUAAGGCUUCAAACGUACGUCCUGACGAGGAAGUCGAGGAAUGCGGACGUAAGCGACGGGGAGGACGCAGAGCUGUGGGCGUACAAGGAGGCACUAGGAUCAGACAUGAAGGAGCUAGGCAGGUGCCUGGCGGCAGCUGGAGUGACGAACACCGCCAUCAAGGUUCACACGGCGGUGGCCAUUCCGCGUACACGUGGUGGGGAGCUUGUCGCCAAAGGCACGUUUGUGAAGGCCAGCCCGUCCGAGAAGUGGUUUUUGGACGUCGCAGUCAAGGCGAAGAAGGACAAGGAGGAGUGGUACGCACGAUGCCUGUGCGUGUUCCGAGCAACUGACGCGGAGGGGACGGAGGGGAGGUACGCAUAUGUGAAGUACUAUGAGGCGGCGGGCUUGUGCCCCAUGACAACAUGCGUGCAGCUAACCCCUGGGAGGGUCACCACACGCUACUCAGUGGUGGACGUGGAAUGCAUUAAGCGUGUGGUGCAUGUGUGCAAGUCGUAUGUGAACAAGAAGGUCAUGCUGCUGAACAAGUUUUUGCUGUGUGAGUAG